AACGUAGAAAAGAAUCCUCAUCAACUUCAAACUUUAGCAGUUUUUCGGCUAGCUAUCUUUAAUGUUUUCGACUUUAGCCAUUUUUCGGCCAACAAAACUUAGCUAUCUAUCUUUUCGGCUGACAACACUAGCGCUUGACUGGAAAGAAAGUGACGACGGCCAAGCCCUUAAGAAGGAGACGGGGGCAGCUGUUGACGAGCUGACGUGCUGACGAGAUCAGUUGAAAAGAUGUCGUGGUCGCGUCGAGAACUUGUUGCGCUGAUCGUGCUGCUCAUGCUCCAUCUGGUGGCAGCAGCUGGAAGUGAUGGAAAUGCCAGUGGAAGUGGAAGUGUCAGUGGGAGUGUGACCAGCCCCGAGCAACAGCUGGAACUGAAGCUAAGCGCAUUGCGAGUGCAUCGCCAGCUGCUGCAAUCGGAGAUAGCACGACUCUACAUGGAGAACUUUCGACCAGAGACGCCGCUGCUGCUGGAGGAGCUGCAGCAACGCCAGCAGGAGGUGCAGCUGCAGAUCGAGACGCUGGAGGGGAAGGCGCAACACGAACAGGAUGCCCAACAGUUGGCCAUCCAUUUGGCCGCCGACUUUGAGUAUUUGCAGCACAAGUUGGACGAACUCAAGCAGCAGCUGCAGCAACUGGAUGCCACGAUGUCGCAAGGCAAUCACACUGCUGCCAAGCUGCCACCAGGUGAGGCACAACGCGACGACACGCCCACAACGCCCACAGCAGUCAGCUCCUACUUCUGGACACCGUUGCUGGCGAUGCCCGAGUUCCCCAGUGGCAGCAUUGCUCAAUCCGCAGCCGCCUCUAAUGCUACCCCAUCGCUAAUCAAGCGACUGCUCGCCAUGCUGCGACCCAGUGCAUCAUCUUCCACUUCCACUUCCUCAUCGGCAUCGUUAAGUUUUCUGCGUGGACAGUCGAGCAAACCGACGCAGAAAGUGCAACUACUCAGUGCCGAAGAGCUGCUGCCUCAGCUGCAGUUGCAACGACAAUUUCUCGAUGAUGCCAUCACGAGACUCGAGCAGCUGGCAGCGGGAAAGAAGAGCGACAAGAACCCCUGAAAACGCAACAGCCAAGUCAGCCACAAUUUCCCAACAUCUACUUAUUUAUUCUUUUUUUUUUGUACUUAUUAAAUAAAUGUUCUUUCGUUAACAAAAAAACUUGAAAUUAAUGGAUGUAAGCUGUUGAACUCUUAAAUUCGUUAUAGCAACACACAAAGAAAAGAACUCCUGAAAACCCAACAUACAGUUCAGCCACAAUUUUCUAAAGGAAAAGAUAACAGCCAAGUCAGCCACAAUUUCCCAACAUCUACUUAU